GAGGAAGCGGGGCGGGGGGCCGAGGCGGGGGCCGGGACGACGGCUGGGGCGCUGGGGUCGCCAGCUCCUCGCCCACCUCCCUCCCUGUGGGAGAAGAGGAGGAGGGGAAGUGACUGCGGAGUUGAUGAACUUUGCACAUCCAGAAACGCCAUUUUGAUUCCUUUUCCGGAACAAGUUUGCAUCUCUCCUCGUUCUCUCCCCGAAGCCGACCGGUCCCCACUGCAUCAUGCCUGGGAGCCAAGCGCCCUGCCGGGCUGUUGCUCCAAUCUGCUCCAGAGGCGGUGGCUUUGAGGUGUGACCCUGCCCACGCUUGGGCCCAGCCAGCACUAGCUCCUCAGUCAGGAGGGCCAGCUUUUUAAGACGAAGGAAACAGUGUCAGCAAGUGUUACCAAGAGAAGAAAAAAAAAGAAGUGAACCAGCCUCACUUCCUGCUCCCCGUGGAUGAUAGCUGUAGCAGGGGAAGGUCUCGCAGGCUGUCGGUUGGGGCAGAGAAUGGAGUUCUGUGGCCGAGGCUUCCUGGAAGCUUAAACCAUUGUCCCAAUGACGUCAAGUUCGCCCGUUGGCUUGGAAGGUUCAGACUUGUCUUCCAUCAACACCAUGAUGUCAGCGGUAAUGAGCGUAGGGAAGGUUGCGGAGAAUGGCGGGAGCCCCCAGAGCAUCAAGUCCCCCGCGAAGCCUCCAGGACCAAAUCGGAUUGGCCGAAGGAACCAGGAAACAAAAGAGGAAAAGUCUUCCUACAACUGCCCUCUGUGUGAGAAGAUUUGCACUACACAGCAUCAGUUAACUAUGCACAUCCGCCAGCAUAACACGGACACUGGAGGGGCAGACCAUUCAUGUAGCAUCUGCGGGAAGUCGCUGAGCUCGGCCAGCUCCCUGGACCGCCACAUGCUGGUGCACUCUGGAGAGAGGCCUUACAAGUGCACUGUGUGUGGGCAGUCUUUUACCACCAACGGGAACAUGCACAGACACAUGAAGAUUCACGAGAAGGACCCCAGCAGCACUACCGCUGCAGCCCCUCCGUCCCCACUGAAGCGCAGGCGGCUGUCCUCCAAAAGGAAACUGAGUCACGACGCGGAGUCGGAGAAGGAAGACCCAGCGCCUGCUAAAAAGAUGGUAGAAGACGGGCAGUCGGGUGACGGGGAGAACAAAGCUGAUGAAGUGUUUCACUGCCCACUGUGUUUCAAGGAGUUCGUGUGCAAGUACGGGCUGGAGACCCACAUAGAGACCCACUCAGAUAACCCGCUAAGGUGUGACAUUUGCUGUGUCACCUUUCGAACACAUCGAGGGCUGCUCCGCCACAACGCACUUGUCCACAAGCAGCUUCCCAGGGACGCAGUGGGGAGGCCUUUCAUCCAGAACAACCCCUCCAUCCCUGCCGGCUUCCACGACCUGGGCUUCACCGACUUCUCCUGCAGGAAGUUUCCUCGAAUUUCUCAGGCCUGGUGUGAGACGAACCUGCGCAGGUGCAUCAGCGAGCAGCACCGUUAUGUCUGCGACACGUGUGACAAGGCCUUCCCUAUGCUCUCCUCGCUCGCCCUGCACAAGCAGACCCACGGCGCUGCCGACCAGGGACGGGAGAGGCUGCAAGCCAGGGCCCCGCCCGGCGACGCCCUGGACCAGAAGGUCUUCCUGGCCUUGCUGGGCCUGCAGCACACCACCGACGCCAGGCCGGCCCCAGCCGAGGAGCCACUGCCGGAUGACAACCAAGCAAUACAGCUCCAGACACUCAAGUGUCAGCUACCUCAGGACCCCGGCUGCGCCAGCUUGCUGAGUCUGUCUCCUUUUGAAGCUGCUUCCCUGGGCGGUUCUCUCACCGUCCUCCCGGCCACCAAGGAGAGCAUGAAGCAUCUGUCCCUGCAGCCCUUCCAGAAGGGCUUCCUCAUCCAGCCUGACAGCAGUAUUGUGGUCAAGCCCAUCUCCGGGGAGUCGGCCAUCGAGCUGGCAGACAUCCAACAGAUCCUGAAGAUGGCGGCCUCCGCCCCUCCUCAGAUCAGUCUUCCGCCUCUGUCCAAGGCCCCCGCUGCCCCUCUGCAGGCCAUCUUCAAACACAUGCCCCCCCUGAAGCCAAAGCCCCUGGUCACCCCGCGUACGGUGGUGGCCACCUCCACACCCCCGCCCCUGGUCAACGCGCAGCAGGCCUCGCCGGGCUGCAUCAGCCCCAGCCUGCCGCCGCCACCGCUGAAGCUGCUCAAGGGCUCAGUGGAGGCGGCCUCCAACGCCCACCUGCUGCAGUCCAAGUCCGGGGCCGCGCCGAACGCUGCUGCCCCACUCUUCCUGCAGCAGCCGCGUGCCGAGCUGCCAGGCCAGGCCGAGAUGAAGACGCAGCUGGAGCAGGACAGCAUCAUCGAGGCCCUGCUACCCCUGAGCAUGGAGGCCAAGGUCAAACAGGAGAUCACGGAGGGGGACCUCAAGGCCAUCAUGACCGGGCCCGGCGGCAAGAAGACGCCCGCCAUGCGCAAGGUGCUCUACCCCUGCCGCUUCUGCAACCAGGUGUUUGCCUUCUCGGGGGUGCUGCGCGCGCACGUGCGCUCCCACCUGGGCAUCUCGCCCUACCAGUGCAACAUCUGCGACUACAUCGCCGCCGACAAGGCGGCGCUCAUCCGCCACCUGCGCACACACAGUGGCGAGCGACCCUACAUCUGCAAGAUCUGCCACUACCCCUUCACGGUCAAGGCCAACUGCGAGCGGCACCUGCGCAAGAAGCACCUCAAGGCCACGCGCAAGGACAUCGAGAAGAACAUCGAGUACGUGACCAGCAGCGCGGCCGAGAUGGUGGACGCCUUCUGCUCCCCUGACACGGUGUGCCGGCUCUGCGGCGAGGACCUGAAGCACUACCGUGCGCUCCGCAUCCACAUGCGCGCGCACUGCGGCCGCGGCCUGGGCGGCUGCCCCAAGGCCCGCAAGCCCUUCGAGUGCAAGGAGUGCAACGCCGCCUUCUCGGCAAAGCGCAACUGCAUCCACCACGUCCUCAAGCAGCACCUGCACGUGCCCGAGCGCGACAUCGAGAGCUAUGUCCUGGCGGCCGAUGGCCUGGGCCCCGCCGACGGGUCUGCCGAGGCCCCGGGGAGGGCGGAGGAGGGCGGCGACGCCUUGGGCGAGCGCAAACCCCUGGCCACUUUCCUGGAGCCCCAGAACGGCUUUCUUCACGGAGGCCCCACCCAGCCUCUGCCCCACCACGUCGCGGUCAAGGUGGAACCCGCCAGCAACUUCACAGUGGACUUCAAUGAGCCCCUGGACUUUUCCCAGAAGGGCCUGGCCCUGGUCCAGGUGAAGCAGGAGAAUGUGGCCUCCUUCCUGAGCCCCUCGGCCUCGGCUCCUUACGACUGCUCCAUGGAGCCCAUCGACCUGUCCAUCCCCAAGAACUUCAGGAGGGGAGACCAGGAUGCGGCCACCCCUGGAUUAGCCAAGAAGCCUGAGCAGGAACCGGGGAGCAGCGAGCAGACCUCUCCCUGCCCACCAGCCUGCCCCACCCAGCCGGUGACCAUGGGGCCCAGCGGAGUCCUGGAAAAGUCUGAGGCCCCUGCAGCAGCCUCAGCAGCCAGCACUCUGGAAGCCCCGGCUCCAUCCCUGCAGGGCUCCGUUCAGCUGGCCGUUCCCAUCUACUCCUCAGCCCUGGUCAAUAGCUCCCCAGUCUUGGGCAACUCCACCCUCAUCAGCAGCCCAGCCUUGCUGCGGCCACUGCGCCCCAAGCCCCCACUGCUCUUGCCAAAGCCCCCCAUGACAGAAGAGCUGCCCCCGCUGGCCUCCAUCGCCCAGAUCAUCUCAUCCGUGUCCUCAGCCCCUACCUUGCUGAAAACCAAGGUGGCAGACCCAGGGCCUGCGAACACUGGCAGUAACACCACCGCUUCCGACAGCAUAGGGGCCACCAUCCCCAAAGCCACCACCGACACCACCAGCCCAAAAGAAUCCAGCGACCCACCCCCGGCUGCCAACAGCCCAGAGGCAGCCUCACCCACCGAGCAGGGACCAGCUGGCUUGUCAAAGAAGAGAGGCCGGAAAAGGGGGACGAGGAGCCGGCCACGUGGCAGUGGUGGGGUGGACCUAGACUCCAGUGGGGAGUUCGCCAGCAUCGAGAAGAUGCUGGCCACCACGGACACCAACAAGUUCAGUCCUUUUCUGCAGAGCGCAGAGGACGGCGCUCAGGAUGAGGUGGCUGCGGCCCCCGCAGACCACAACGGGCCCAGUGAUGAGGAGCAGGGCAGCCCGCCGGAAGACAAGCUGCUGCGGGCCAAGCGGAACUCCUACGCCAACUGCCUCCAGAAGAUCAGCUGCCCCCACUGCCCGCGGGUCUUCCCCUGGGCCAGCUCCCUGCAGAGGCACAUGCUCACACACACUGGUCAGAAACCCUUCCCUUGUCAAAAGUGCGGUGCCUUCUUUUCCACCAAAUCUAACUGUGAACGCCACCAGUUGCGCAAACACGGAGUUCCCGCCUGUUCCCUGAGAAGAAACGGGCUUAUCCCCCAGUCAAAAGAGAGUGAUGUUGGAGCCCAUGAUAGCACAGGAGAGAGGCCGUACAAAUGUCAGACCUGCGAGCGUACCUUCACCUUGAAGCACAGCCUGGUUCGCCACCAGCGAGUCCACCAGAAAGCCCGGCGCGCCGAACAGCCCGGGAAGGACAGCGACAGGGAGGAGCGGGGCGAGGAGGACAGCGGGAGCGAGUCCACCCACAGCGGCAACAACCCCCCGUCAGAGAGCGAGGCGGACUCGGCCCUGCUCGUCAGCAAUCGCAUGUCUGUCACCCGGAGCCGGAAGGAGAGUCUGGCCGCCAAGGAUGCCAGCCGCAGGGAGGAGAGGGCGGCGGGUCGGACAGCGGGUGCCGGCCAGAGCGAGGCCGGCAGGAGUGCUCCCAGGGCUGCUCCCAUGGGCAGCUCCAAGGAGCAGGCAUCUCAGGGUGACCCUGACCGGGAGAGCCCAGCGGCCCUCGGGCAGGACCUGCCGGAGCUGCCCAGCAAGCGGCCCGCCCCCCCCAUCCUCGCCACUGCCGACAGCGCCUCGCUUCUGGGCAUGGAAUGACAGCCCGCCCUGCCCCCAGCGCACAGACGAAAGCCAGCGGAGCAGAGUGUCCUGAACCGAUAUUUCACGAGGGGUCUUCAGUGCUUCAGCCGCCAGGGGAGAGAACGGAGGUCGUGGGGGAGCAGGGCGGGCUGCCUCGCUCAGUGCCAUAGCCUUACGGACCCGUGCAGAGGCGCAGCACGGACCAUUCGAGUGCCUUAACUACUUACAGUCCUUUGGUGUCGUCUUGGGUGUUGUGUUUUCCCCAAAUGACUUUUUAAAAAACAAAGCAAAUGUUUUAAUGAAUUAUCUGGAGAGGACCUUUUCAUUUAAGCAUUAACGUUACCUUCUGUCUUGGUGUGUGUGAGCUUGUUCUUGCAAAUCUGUGAUAGUAACGUUUGUUCUGUGAGCUGGAAGCAGAAGGAAAAAAAUGCCCUUGGAUACCCACGGCCAAUAACUGGAAGAAAGCGAUGUGAAUUUCAUGUAAAUUCCCGGAGGAAAUGUGGAUAAGAUGCUGAUUUCUCAAAUAGACUUCUUUUCUGUUUGCUACAUGGUGGAGCUGUAAUUUGGUCCUCGGUAUACUGCAGGAUGUGGUUGAUGAAGGUUUCCAAUUUGGUUCAGGCCAAAACCAGGAAAGAUUCUAGCUUCGACCUCAUGCAUGUUUCCACUCUCUCAGCGUUAGAUGUGUUAUUACUGUUCCAGUUUCAAGACAUCUGUUCCUAACUUACAGAGAAGAGUUACCCUGGCAACUGAACCGACGGAAAACAUGCAUAGAUGUCAUGUAUCUGCCCCCCUUCCCCCCCUUUCGGUAUAUGUAUUAAUAUUAUUAUUAUUAUUAUUAUUUGUAGUUCAUCAGUUUGCUGGUCUCUGCAGUCAGCAGAAACAAAUGGACAAUAUUUGUCCUGGGAGACCUGGGAUGGCCCCAGGUCCCCACAUGAGCGUCUGCCCGCAGCCCUCCUCGGCUCCAUCGGGCGAUAGCUCUUCUACUGUACUUACGAGAAGCCUUUCUUCCGCAACUGCAGAGCCCAGCAGGGGCCGUGCGGUCCCCCCACCCACCCGUGGGGCGGAGGGGCAGCCCGGGGAGGGGAGGCGAGGGUGCGAGCCGGGGCUUCUGGGGAAGCCAGGCAGAAGACCUGUCACUUGCUGGUCUUCCUGCCAAACCCAGCCCAGGCCUCACCCGCCUGUGCUCCUGUCCUUUGCAGAGCAAGGAAAUACUACUACUGGUAAUAAAACUGCACAUGCGAGAUUGAAGAAGAAAAACAGAUGUAUAUUUACCUUCCUGUGAUUCGGGGUUGGUGCUUGAAGAUAAACACGUUUCUAGUUUCUGAAAUCGCCUGAACCCCUGGGUGCACAGAGGCAGGAUUUUCUUUCAUGAGCAGUGUAUGCAGGCAAUAGACCCCCCUCACUGUAGCCGCCAGCAGUGAGAAGAGACAUGUCCUACUGUAGCUGGGCUGUGCUCAGCGUCCUGUCCUUCAGCCAGACCUCUGGGCUGCCCGAGCCGUCGUGUGGCGGGGCCUCCCGUGCUGCUGCGCCACACAGACCCUCGCUGCCCCUUGAGGGCUCUGCCCUUGACUGGCCCUCCUGGGACCCUCGCCUCUUCUGGUCCCCAGUGCCCCUCCUGCCCUUCCAUGUGUGCCCACCACAGAGACCCCCCUUUCUCUCCACUUCCUCCCCAGUUCCUGGUGGCCAAAAUCCAACUGCCCAGACUUCAAAGGAAGAUAUAUAUUCUUGACAUAAUGAAAAAGUGAUAUCUUUGCAUGUGAAAGGAAAAAGGUUGAGGUAUAUAUGACUUUUAACUGUAUUAGGGAUGUGUGACCCAGUUUCAAAACAAGGUUUUCUUUACUCUAGGUGAACACACGUCAGAACCAACGAGCCCCCCGUAUCACUUGAGACCAGGCUUGGUCCGCUCAGUUAAAACCAGCUCACGCAUCCCUCACUUCUUUACGGCGGCCGUCGCCAUUGUUUUCGUUGUUAAUUAUUAUUUGGGGUUUCUUGUGUUUUGUUUUCCUUUGCAGCUCUCCACACUAAAACUUGGAACGUUGUGGGGAGAAGCCGUGACUUAACUCUACGCUGGGGUGAGAUGUAGCAGGAACCAGCCCCCGCAGCACGGCCGGGGCUGCCGCUCGCAAUAAUCACUAUUGAUUUAAAGCUUUAUCUAGCCCUCAUCUGUACCCUCGUAGUCGAUAAGGUCUUGCCACGUUUUAUUAGUGAGGUUGAGAGAUGUAUCAUUUGUUUGUUCUGUCCCCUCCCCCAAUAUUAAACUGUGAAAUUUGUGAUUUGUUUAAACUCUGGGUGAAUCAUAGCUUAGUUUGCAUGUCCAGCUAAUUUGUUUCUAUACAUUUUGUUUGAUUCUCUUUCUCCUCUCAGGGCUUUUACAAAAAAUAUAUAUGUAUGGAUCUUCUGAAAAGUUUUUUGAGGUGCAAGUUUCUCUUUUGUUUUUCUCUUUGAUUUAUGGACACGAUGCUGAGAUUCAAUCACUACAUGAAACUCCCGGCUGUGAAAACAAAACAAAAAACCCAAAGGGCUGGUUUUUUUUUCCCACCAGCCCCCGGGGAAGCUACGUGACAGUCGGAUGCUGGUUUCAGAAAGAUUCACCGUUCUUUCCACCCUCUGUUCCUCUCUUUCCUCCAGAAGGAAGUUGAUCCUAGAGAUUUCAGCCCAUGCAUUAAACAGGAAACAAUAAUAAAUGUGUAGAAUUCAUAUUUUUCUAAAGGGAACUUAAAAACUGCUGCUACAUGUUAUGUACAAGACUGGUUUAUGCCACAUGAACAGAGAAUCACACGUUCGGUUUCGGUACUUUCGUUCCUCUUUGUAUUCAGUUGUAUAGUACUUCCAAAUUCAAAAUGAGAAGAAAACCUAUUCUGUAUCAAACCAUCUAAGCAAUAAAUGUUAUAUUUUAAAAACGGCA